AUGUUAUUGGCUUCCAUUGGCUCCAUUCAGAAAUCACACCCAAUGGAGCAAUGGAGAAACAUCAAUGGAGUUGCUUGGCUUCCAUUGGCUCCAUUCAGGAUUAUUCUCAAUGGAGCAAUGAAGCAAUGUCAAUGGAGUUAUUCUCCAUUCACCUCAAUGGAUAAAU